CCGAUGGCGAUGGCUGCCGCUGGUCUCUGAGGAAUCUCGCAGGUCGGCAGUAGGGACCGGAGGUGGAGAGUAGGCUGCCAGCUUCCUGUCGGAAGCCGCAGGGAGUGAGGAAGGGUGUCGCCCUGCUUGGAGCCGCCACAGAGAGCCCGGCGGUGGCUGAGAUUCCUUCUGCUGAAGAGAGGAGAUAUCAUCCAAGGCCACAAUGUCACUUCCCCGUUAUCCUAUUGCUGCCUGCUCAAGCUAACACUGCCAGAAUCCUGCUCCUGUGGGAGGAAUCAAGCUGACUUGGCAUGAGGUUCCUGCCUUCCUGGGGUUGAGAGAAGCACAACUAUGGCGUCUCUUGAUGACCCAGGCGAAGUGAGGGAAGGCUUCCUGUGCCCUUUGUGCCUGAAGGACCUUCAGUCUUUCUAUCAACUUCAGUCACAUUAUGAGGAAGAACACUCAGAAGAUCGUGAUGUCAAAGGGCAAAUUAAAAAUCUUGUUCAGAAGGCUAGGAAAGCAAAAAACAAGUUGUUGAAACGAGAAGGAGAUGAUCGAGUGGAACCAGGGACCCAAGGAUAUGAAUCAUUCAGCUAUGGUGGGGUUGAUCCUUACAUGUGGGAACCCCAAGAGCUUGGUGCUGUGAGAAGCCAUCUUUCUGACUUCAAAAAACAUCGUGCUGCAAGAAUUGACCACUAUGUUGUUGAAGUCAAUAAAUUAAUAAUCAGGUUGGAAAAGCUUACUGCAUUUGACAGAACAAAUACUGAGACUUCAAAGAUUAGAGCAAUAGAGAAGUCCGUGGUGCCUUGGGUCAAUGACCAGGAUGUUCCUUUCUGUCCAGACUGUGGGAAUAAGUUCAGCAUCCGGAACCGCCGUCACCACUGCCGCCUCUGUGGGUCUAUCAUGUGUAAGAAGUGUAUGGAGCUCAUUGGCCUGCCCUUGGCAAAUAAGCUCACCAGUGCCAGCAAGGACUCCCUGAGCACCCACACCAGCCCCAGCCAGUCACCUAACAGUGUCCAUGGCUCCCGCCGGGGCAGCAUCAGUAGCAUGAGCAGUGUCAGCUCAGUUCUGGACGAGAAGGAUGAUGACCGUAUCCGCUGCUGCACACACUGCAAGGACAAGCUGCUCAAGAGAGAGCAGCAGAUGGACGAGAAGGAGCACACGCCUGACAUUGUGAAGCUCUACGAGAAACUUCGGCUUUGCAUGGAGAAAGUUGACCAGAAAGCUCCUGAAUACAUCAGGAUGGCAGCAUCCUUAAAUGCUGGGGAGACAACCUACAGUCUGGAACAUGCCAAUGACCUUCGAGUGGAAGUACAGAAAGUGUACGAGCUAAUAGACGCUUUAAGUAAGAAGAUCUUAACCUUGGGUUUGAACCAAGACCCUUCACCACAUCCAAACACUUUGCGGCUACAGAGAAUGAUCAGAUACUCAGCUACACUAUUUGUGCAGGAAAAGUUACUGGGUUUGAUGUCACUGCCAACCAAAGAACAGUUUGAAGAACUGAAAAAGAAAAGGAAGCAGGACCUGGAGCAGAAGAGGGCGGUGGAGAGACAGGCUGCUCUGGAGUCCCGGCGGAAGCUUGAGGAAAGGCAGAGUGGUUUGGCAUCUCAUACAGCCAAUGGAGACGUGAGGUCUGUUCGAGGCAUCCCUGCUCCCUUGCGAAAGGCUGAAGGCUGGCUCCCACUGUCAGAAGGUCAGGGACAGAGUGAAGAAGACCCUGACCCUCUCCUCCAGCAGAUCUAUAACAUUACGUCGUUCAUCAGGCAGGCCAAGGCUGCAGGCCGCACAGAUGAGGUGCGCACACUUCAAGAGAACCUGCGGCAGCUGCAGGAUGAAUAUGACCAGCAGCAGACUGAGAAGGCCAUUGAGCUGUCCCGCAGACAGGCCGAGGAGGAGGAGCUGCAGCGGGAGCAGCUACAGAUGCUGCGCAAGCGGGAGCUGGAGCGGGAACAAGAGCAGUUCCUGGCAGCCUCUCUGCAAACACGGACUCGUGUUCUAGAACUCCGAGAAGUUAUACCCUUCCAGUUGGAGCCCAGCCGUGGGCCUCACACUGAUCUUGCCUACUCCUUGAAUCAGGACUCCUCCCCAGUUCAGAGCAGCACAGCUCCUGAUACCCUUUCACCUGGCUCAGCUCUAGCACCCAUCCACUUGUGGUCUGGGCCCCCAGCCCUUGGCCAGGAAUUCCUCCCUCAGAGCAUCAUAUCACAGCAAAGUAAUAAGACCUCUCUCAACCCGUUUGAUGAAGACCUCUCCAGCCCUACAGAGGAUGCUGUCAGCCCUGCUGCUGUAGAGGCACCUCCAGCUGCUGUCACCAAAGAAUACAAUCCUUUUGAGGAAGAUGCUGAGGAAGAGGAGGUGGCAGAGUUGGGAGCAGGGAAUCCCUUCACUGACCCAGACAGUCCAGCACCCAACCCUUUUGAGGAGGAUGACCAUCCCAGGCCUGCCAGUCCAGCCGCCCCUGGAAACCCUUUUGAAGAGUGCCCCUGCACCAACCCCUUUGAGGUAGACAGUGAUAGCGGCAUGGAGGCUGAGGAACACAUUGAGGAGGAGCUGCUUCUGCAGCAAAUUGAGAACAUCAAGGCUUAUAUCUUUGAUGCCAAGCAGUGUGGUCGAAUGGAUGAGGUUGAGGUUCUGAUGGAGAACCUCCGGGAGCUGAAGUGCACCCUGGCUAAGCAGAAGGGGACCCCUAACUGACAGCAGUGGGCAGGAACUGGGCAGAGUUUUGGGCAGCAGGCUAUCAAGUGGCAGGAGGAGAUGGGCAUGCAUCUGAACGCACACAGGUGGGGGUGGAAACAGUAGUCUCUUGCUGUGCACUUUGAGGCAUUUCCACUAUAGUUGAACAAGAACAGGAAAAAAAAAUCGGCAUUCAUGUGCUGGUUUUUCUGUAUUAUUUUUUUAAUGAAGUGUUCCCUUUUCAGGGUACUUUACCAUUUUAUUUAUCAAGAUACAGCUGUUGGGCCAAGGCAGAAAUGACUCCUGGGCCCUCUUAGUCCAUUUUCUGCUGACUGUUGUUGGUCAUUGUGCAGUAUUAUUGGGUAGCCCUUGACAGUCCCCUUCCUGUUGCCAAGAGAGGCAGGGCCUAAGCAGAAGUCUGUCCUGACUUGGCUGCUCCCUCUCACCACGUCUCUGCUUGGACUGUCUCCUGGACACUUAGGGAGAUACUGCUGUGAAGGGAAAAGUCUAGACCCAGUGGGGACCAGUGCCUCUUUUCAUGGAUGGCAGGAAUGUUGCCAAUGUUGUCCCCUCCCGGUUAAAGGAAGUAAAGUUCCCAAGUGUGAGGGUGGUGGGGUGGUGGUGUCAGCAUGAGCUUGAUUAUAAGAUAAUAGUGAUCAAGUUUUUUGUGGAUGUUAUGGUUUGGGAGAAGUUUCUACUUAUGCAGUUGUCUGAUCCCCUGGAAACCUUCCAACCACUCUAUAGGUCACAUUCAAGGGCCUGUUGAUUUGGGAAUUGUGACUGGGAAGCUUCUGUGGAGUAUUAGCAGGUGAUGGAACACUUCUGAGUCAGGAGAUAAAUUCUAGUAACUUCAA